UUUUUUUUUGUUCUCUUUUGAUAAAUCCCUCUUUAUCUACAUGCCAUCUAUAGCUACUAGUACUUUGAUUUUAGGACUUCCUCCAUUACUAUUAUGGGCAGCUCAUGCAAAAUCUUUACCGUUAAGUUACACUCUUCGGUCAUGGUUAUUGUUACGUUCACUUAUCAAACGUGCUCAGCAAAACAAGUUCCAACCUGAUCCAUUAUUCAGUAUUCUUUCACAAGACCAUCGAUGCCUAUUUGACGAUAUGGACUAUAAUCAACACAUGAACAAUAGCUCAUAUAACAAGAUGCUUGAUUUUAGUCGAAUCCAAGUGUUGUAUACGAUAUUUUCACGUGUGAUGAUGGAGCCCAAUCAUGGUGUAUAUGCACAUAAUGCUGGGGUAGUGACAUUAUUCAAGAAGGAAAUCCCGCCCUUUCAAAAAUACAAGAUGCAAUCUCGAGUGUUUACUUGGUCGGAAAAAUGGCUCUUCUUGGAACAUCGUUUUGUUUUUACUCAAGCAGAUAAUACUCUGGUGGUGGCAAGUGCAGCUUUAUCCAAAAUCGUAUUCAAGCGUGCUUCUGGCAAGACCGUGACUCCGGCUCAUGUCCUUACAUUAUGUCUUCAUGAUUUGAAUGAUCCUUUAGUAGAAGAACGUCGUGCUCGUAAUUGGAAGAUUGCCCAAAACCUUUUAUCUUUAGAUACUAUAUUCAGUGAUAAUCAUGAUGCUUGGGAUAUCACAUCCAAAUUGUAACAUAUAUUAUAUAUAUAUAUGUAUGAAAUAAAAAGUCCGCUUUCCCCCCAC